ACGCUCGAGUGGCGUGAUCAUGAUCCGACAGAGAGUCAUGUUAUAAAAAUAAAAAUAUUCUCUAGACUAUUCCUUAGUAACACCAGGAAAAGGUUUUGCUUCACAGACAGGAGUAGGCUAGAGCUCUUCUGCUAUUCAAAUUCUCCAGCAAUGGCUGUCAGGGUUCUACUCCAUUUCAUAGUCGGGCUCAUCUUUUGGCCUUUCGCUGUACCCAUGGGCUUCAUACUUGGUUUCCUUUACACUUUCUAUCCCUCAACACUGGUCAAUGGAUUCUUAAAGUAUGGUUGCUAUUUGACAGUUCCAGGUUUCACAAGUCAAUCAGUGGAGAUUGAUGGCAUUCAAAUAUCAUAUCUCGAUCGCCCAGGCUCACCGAACAUUCCCGAUACACCUACAGUCGUAUUUAUUCAUGGUUUCACGUCUCAGAAAUUAGGCUGGGUCCCACUCAUCCGUUUCUUGCCUGCAUCAUGGAGAAUAAUAGCGAUAGAUCUUCCUGGACAUGGUGAGUCUGGCGUUGCUGAUGACUGGGAUUGUUCCGUUAAAAACAUUGGAUCACUCUUACAUAAGGUAUUCACAAGCAUUGGUUUGACACAGUUUCACAUUAUUGGUGAGUCACUUGGUUCAGCUUACUCUGGGCAGUAUGCUGCUGAUCACCCUGAAAUGAUUAACUCAAUCAUUCUAAUGUGCCCUCCUAUUUUCCAUCGCUUAAAAGGAGCACCAUGUACCCCAGCAAUGGAAGCAAUUGAUGGUCCAAAUAGUGAGAAGAAUCCUUUGUUGCCUACAAACCCUGAGGAGUUCCGGUCAAUGCUAGAACUAGUACUUUACAAGUCAAAUGGUAACUUACUUCACGAUCACAUGCUAGAGGCAGUAGUUGGAGUCCACAGUAAACACUAUGAUAAUUUUAGAAGAGUUUUGCACGAUGUAAAGAAUGGCGGAGACACAGAGGAAGAGAUAAAGGCCAGGAUAGAGAAAAGCAAUAACAUUCCAUCAAUGGUCCUGUGGGGAAGAGAGGACCAGAUAUGUGCUGUAGCUGGUGCUAAGCUCAUUAAAAGACUCUCACCGAAAUGUAAAGUCAUUGUCAUUAAUAACUGUGGUCACUGCAUGUCGGUAGAGAGACCUAAGAAAUGCGCUCAAUUUAUCGAACAAUUCAUCAGUCGCCAGCAAGCGACGUCCUGAUAAUUGA